AUGGCCAUCCUGAGCGCAUACACCCUCAUUCGAAUGUACAUAGCUGCACACCUAACAAUCGGUUACCUGUUAAUAACGAACCCCCGCGUAAUAGCGGAACAAGACUUUAUCUUUAUAAUGGGUGAAUCCCUAGGCCUAGUAUAACCCUCCCCCUCCCCCUCCCCCUCCCCCGCCACCCUAUGAUACUAACCUCACCUCACAGCCACACCCAAAGUCCACCUUCCACCUGAACCCCCUCGCAACUUCCCUCCUGGGACUAGUCUUCAUCCUCCACUCGGUGGGCGACUUCGUCGCUGUUUCUAGCGCGGAGGAGGUCUCACGUGGGUAUUGGGACGCGCAAGCACCCGUGCGCCUCGCCUUCUUCUUCCUCCUGACGGGGUACACAUGGUUCUACCGUGGCCCGCGUGGGACGGUCACCACGCAUCCCGUCAAGAACAGCCUCGUGUUUAGUUGGGGUUUCGUUGAGAUUAUGUGGCUGUUUUGGGUGUACACGCAGCUGCGUGAGGAGAAGCGCGGCGCGCAGCAGAGGAUUGCUCUGCGCAAGAGGGAGUUGAUGAGGGUGGAGAGAAGGGCUGCCGGGAUUGUGGAUGAGGAUGAGGAGUAG